GGGUACUAUGAGUAGUAAACGCGCAUGCAUCUGAUAAUCCCACGACCCACGACUCACGAUCCACGAUCUUGAAAUUAUUAUCGGUGUUUUCUUCUUUGUUUUCUUCUUUUCUUACAGGAUACAGGAUACGGAGACACCGAUAUGGAUGACGAGGAUGAGACAUAUAAACUGUGGCGCAUCAGAAAAACUGUAAUGCAAUUGUGUCAUGAUAGAGGUUAUCUCGUAACGCAGGACGAAUUGGAUCAGACAUUGGAGCAAUUUAAAAAUCAAUUCGGCGAUAAGCCGAGCGAGAAGAGACCGGCUAGGAGCGAUCUCAUUGUUCUUGUAGCGCAUAAUGACGAUCCUACCGACCAAUUGUUCGUCUUCUUCCCAGACGAGCCGAAAAUUGGCAUCAAAACUAUAAAGACCUAUUGCCAACGUAUGCAAGAGGAGAAGAUUCACAGAGCAAUUAUUGUAGUCCAACAAGGCAUGACACCUUCAGCUAAACAAUCGUUGGUAGACAUGGCACCAAAGUACAUACUGGAACAAUUCCUGGAAUCUGAGUUAUUGAUCAACAUUACUGAACAUGAACUGGUACCCGAGCAUAUUGUUUUAACUCCGGAUGAGAAAGAGGAACUGCUAACGAGAUAUAAGCUGAAGGAAAAUCAAUUGAUGCGGAUACAAGCUGGCGAUCCAGUGGCACGAUACUUUGGUUUGAAGCGUGGACAAGUCGUCAAGAUCAUUAGGCCAUCGGAAACUGCAGGGAGAUAUAUAUCGUACAGGCUAGUUUGUUGAGGGAAGAAAGAGGGAAAAGUAUAUCAAAGACAAAUUGUAAUAAAUUUUCAUAGAUUAAAGAACACUGCAGUUCGAAA